GGCCGGGAGCCGUGGAGCGGAUGCAGAAGAGAAACGGCGCUCAGGAACGGGGAGGAGGCAAAAUGGCGGCCGUGGGUGUUGGUGUCCCCGCGGUGAAACUCCUGGUGGGCUCUGAAGUGAGGGUAACGGUGGACCAUAUCGUCGAAGACGCGUUGGUCGUGUCCUUGCGCUUCGAAGAGAAGCUCUUCUCGGGGGUUCUAAUGGACAUUUCUAGAAGGUUUGGACCAUAUGGAAUUCCUGUGACUGUACUUCCAAAAAGGGAAUACAAGGAUAAAGCUGAUCUACUGCAACUAGAGUGUGAAGCAUUCCAGCAACAGACCCAAAUAAAUUCAAAAUCUACUGUUAUUCGUGAUGAAGCAUCUCCAGAUCCCACUACACAGGCUGAUGUUGCUGAAAGCCUGUGGACUGCAAAAUCUGCUCCAUUAUUUUAUGAAGGAGCACCUUAUCCACCUCCUUUGUUUAUCAGACAUACGUACAACCAGCCUAUACCUCAGCCUCCUCCAAGAAGGAUUAAGCGACCUAAACGAAAAAUGUUCAAAGAAGAGUCCACUUCCAUAAUGAACUCUAUUAAACUUAGACCAAGGCAAGUUCUAUGUGAUCGAUGCAAAAACAGCAUUUCUACAGAUAAAAAGGAGUUGAAAAGGGGUGGCAGUACUAAUGAUAAUUCUCGACAUGAGGACAAAAAAAGGAAAAAUGACAAUGUGCCCAAUAUUUCAAAGAGAUUGAAAAUGGAACACAAAGUGGAAGCAAAAACUCAGUGUGAUGGUCAAAAGCGCAAUACUGUCAUUAAAAUUACAAAUUUAUCUCCAGGCAAGGGCAAAGUUGUCAAAAUUUCAUCUCAAGUACACACUUCUAAAGUGCAGUUGAAUCCUAAGAAAGUGUUACAGAAUAAGAAUAUAGAUCAUAUGAAAGCCAGGGAAAUGUUAAAACUAGCCAAAGAGAAAGUUCAAAAGAAGCAACAAAAAGACGUUUCAUCUUCUGGCAAUUCCAUUCCCAAAAUUCAUUAUACACGGCGCUUUCUAACUACCAACUCUGGCUCUCUCCCUCCAAGGAUUCGCUUAAAGCCACAGAGAUACAGGAAUGAAGAAAAUGAUUCUGCUUACAAGGCUAAACUUGAGAGACUACGCAACUGCAAGACAGCCUCCAAAACACUGCCUCGCUGCACCUCCAGCUCAGCAGGUGAGCAGCCUCCUGAAAAAGAUAGUCCUACAAAAGGGUUGGAACAGUCCACUGAUGAGAAUAAAGACACCGGGGAAAUAAAGUGGCCUUGUGAGCAGGAUGAAAAACAAUUGGGGAAAAGGGGCAGCAGAGGCAAUAUAACUGUUUAUAUGACCUACAGUCAAAAUAAAUCAGACUCUUCCACCUUUUCAGUUUGUAGUAGUGAUAGCGCAGAUGAUCUAAAAUCCUCCAACUCAGAAUGUAGCUCUACUGAAACAUUUGACUUUCCACCAGGCAGCAUGCAUGUACCUUGCUCCUCUUCCUCCUCAAAAGAAGAAAAACUCACUAAUUCCUUGAAAAUGAAAAUCUUUACCAAAAAUGUCUCUAAGUGUGUGACUCCAGAUGGCAAGACCAUAUGUGUAGGUGACAUUGUGUGGGCCAAGAUUUACGGCUUCCCUUGGUGGCCUGCUCGCAUACUUACCAUAACUGUAAGCCGUAGAGAUAAUGGCUUUUUAGUAAGGCAGGAGGCCAGAAUUUCAUGGUUUGGGUCCCCAACAACAUCUUUCCUGACUCUUUCCCAAGUCUCUCCGUUUUUAGAAAACUUUCAGUUACGGUUUAACAAGAAGAGAAAGGGCCUUUACCGUAAGGCCAUCACAGAGGCAGCCAAGGCUGCAAAGCAGCUGACACCUGAGGUGCGGGCCCUGCUGACACAGUUUGAAACAUGAAAACAUCAAAGAAGGUAGGCAAGUUGAGCGCCCGGGGUUCCACUAAAUUGAUGCCCAAAUUUAAAUAUGUAUGACUAAUUGCAGAAUUUUAAAUUAGGCUUAUUGAUCUAGUGGGUGCAGUUCAACAGCAGCUAGUUUUAGAAUAAAGAAUGCUGGCUUUUAUUUUGUAGCAUUGUGCUAAAGAAGAACACUUCAUAAUUGAUCAUUUUCAUCUGCCCAUCAUCGAGGGCAGAAAUUUGGUAAAUAGUAAGAACAUAUAACUUGAAUUCAAGGAGAAAGCCAGUUUCUUCAGGCCUAGUUGCUAUGGAAACUUCACGUUAGAUUUGUAGGAGCCUUACCCUUGAGGAAAUGUGUACUAGCCUAGCCGUACAUCUGUGUACUACAGGUUGUGUUGGAUUCUUACCGUGUCAGUGUCCAGCUGUUAAAAGUAUGAUUUAUGAUUGCAUUUCUGUAUCUUGGGAUCCCCCAGAAAAAGCUUAAAAAAAAAAAAUGCUCCAAAGCUGUUAACCCGUUGAGUGGUUUAGUAUUUGUUACUAAUUCCCCCAAAAUUUCCAGUGUGAGAAAUCAAAUUACUUGACAGAUGCAUAUUGGACAAAGGAUUUUAGUGCAAGUAUAUAUUGAAUAUGGACAUUUAUUGGAGUAAAGAGUUUUCUUUAUGAAUAAUUAUCUCAAUUUAUUGUAAUAUUUUGCUUUGAAUUUCUUAUUUAUUUUAGAAACAAACCAUACAGUUCAUCAUAUUCAUUAUUGUAGGAUUACUUCUGCUUGAACUCAGCCAUUGCCUAUAAGAGGUUACCUAUAUAAAAGGUUGCCUAUAUAAAAGAUUACCAAAAUGUGCACCACCAAGUUCUGAAAAUUAGCUGCAUAAAAAAUGUAAAAUUUAAAGUUUGAAUUUGGUUUACUGAGUCAGUGGCUGGGUUAUGCAUACUACGGUAAAAAAUAAACAACUGUCAUUAUGUAUAAACUACACAGGUUAAAGUACUAGUAUAUCAAAAACAAUCUGUGGUCUUGAGACAUUAAAGCAGACCAAUCUUCCUAUUCAAUUGAAUGUAAAAGAUUCAAUGACGCUAUUAAGAAAUAAACACGUUUUCCUAA